UUCAUGGAUAAAAAUCCGAGGUAAUCGGACCAGCGGAGAAAAGUUGUGGGCAAGAUAUGUAGAAAACGAUAACAAUUUAUUUUGUUGAGUUUUUUUGGUUUGAUCAGGCGACUUUACUCAUCCCGAAUUGUAUAUAAAAGUGCAGAGGUUGUUUGAACUGACGAGCACACAAGGAAACGGCAGAGGCGCUUCAGGGAAGAAGUGCCGUGGUGAGAAAGAUUCUUAUCUCUCUCACACAAAUAACAGCCGCACCCGAUACGCAUCCGACAGCAUUUCUCUACAUUCUCUGCAAUAGCAUGGCCAAGUCUAGUAAAGCGACUUUAGCGUUGCUUAUCUACGGAAUCAUAAUGCACUUCAGCGUCCACUGCACGCCCAUCGGGCUCACCUACCCCAAAAUUAGACUUGAAAAUGAUGUAUUUGACGAAGACGGGAACUCAUUAAGCGAUUUGGGGUUUGACACAGAUCAGAUUGCCAUACGAAGCCCUGUCACGGACGAUGUUUACACGCUAUACUAUCCUCCGGAAAAGAGAACGGAAAGACAAGCAGAUGGUGAAUUAGAUAGAGCCUUGAGGGACAUCCUGGUUGAGUUAUCAGCAAGAAAAUAUCUGCAUUCUCUGAUGGCAGUUCAUGUAGGCGGAGGAAGCAGCAUGGAAGAGGAUUCGGAACCAUUAUCAAAAAGACAUUCGGACGGGAUCUUCACCGACAGCUACAGUCGCUACCGAAAACAGAUGGCCGUCAAAAAAUACCUUGCAGCAGUCUUGGGAAGAAGGUACAGACAGAGAUUUAGAAACAAAGGACGUCGGUUUUCCUAUUUGUAGCGUCGAUAAAUGUCCCUAACAGCCCUCCCGUGUGUACAUUCUAUCCUAAGAUCAAGUCAUCCUGAUAUAACUGACUAAUCAGUGAAUCGCGCCUGUGUUCUUUAAACAUGUAUUUAUGUAUGAAGUAAAGCCAUUAAAAUGAAUAUUUUAAUAAUAACAUUGUUUUUUUUCUUUUUGUACAAGAGAAGCACUUGAGACUGCACAGUUCUACUUUGUGGACCAAUCAUUUAGUUUUAUGUAUAUAGCUAUAUGUUGAGAAAAACAACCUAAAAAAGCUGAAGAAAAAAAGAAAUUGUGCACCUUGAACGUUAUACGCCUGAAACAUUUUAAAAGUCGUCAUUAUAUGCAGAAAAUAAAUAGAUUUUAAAAAGACAAUCAAA